UCUCUCUCCCUCUCUCCUGGUAUUGUUAAUUCUUGGAUUCGAAAACCCUAACGUAUUCUUAGAUAUUGAGGUCGGAGAAGAAAGUUUUUUUCAGGGCUUCAAUUUGCUGUAGACGUGCCAGAAGUGUGUAAGUUUACCAUCUCUCUCUCGUUGUGGAAACCCUAAUUCUGCUUAGUAUGAGAAAAAUGAUAUAGAACCAAUUUUUGGAGCGCGUCGGUAGGAUUAAAGUCUGGGAGGCUCUCGUUUGAGGUUAAAUUCUCGGUUAUGGUUAUGUUCAUGCUAAGCAGAGCUUCGAUUUGGUGUGAAAUUGUAUUGCGGCAGUUUUGAUCUCGAGUGGGCUCGCGAGAUUUCCUAGAAAUCCUUUAGAUUUUCAACAUUAGCUUAAUUUAUAGCGGUAUAAAGGGUCUAUGGCGAUGAAAUGCGACUUCUGCUGGCUUUUGUCUUAAGAUCUUGAUGACAGUUACUGAAAAUGAGCUCUUGAGUUUACUGGAUUAGGAGCACAUUGAGUGUGUCAUAGUUUCAGAUGUUGAUUGGAGCUUAAAGGUUCGGCUUACUGGUCCUUAGACGCCGGUGUGCGGGUUUCUAUCUAAGGAAGCAAUGUUGACUCAGGUUUCGUUGUAACCUGAGGACGUCGCAUCAAUCUUCGAGUUUAAAGUCUCGCUUCCAUUUGACGCGCUUUUGUUUCCUGUUUGCAGAAACAACAAUUGUUUUAGAUCAAUGGGGAUGCAAUCUUGAACUCUUUUCUGUUUCUUUUCGGGGCCCAGAUAUUUAAAAAUUAUUCAUAGGAGCUGAAGCUAUGCCUGGAAACGAAUUUGGAGAGAGGAUCCACAAUUUCUUUGGACAGGACGGCCUAUCUCAAGACCAGCAUCAGUCUCAGGUUGUUGACGGAAGCUGGUCCAGUUUUAGUAAUGGUUUAGUUGGAAACCAGAGGCAGAUAGACCCAUCCCUUAUCACCAAUCUGAAGAGUUAUAGCACACAACAAUCUGGCGAUCCUGAGAGAGGGCAAUCUUCAAAUUCAAAGCAUCAGCAGCCUAUAAGGCCGGAGUACUCAAGAAGUUCUUUGCAACAGAACCCCACAAAUGGUUACAUGCAUGGGCAGGGAAUGCCAAAUGAGGCAAAUUUUUUGGGAAUGGAUGCGGGAUCUAGUAGGGAUAAAUUAUCAGCGAGAGAAUUCACUCCAGACCUUCAUAAAAGCCCUAUGAGGUUUGAGAUGGGACAAUCUCCGGUUAAUUAUGAUUUCUUUGGUGGUCAACAACAAUUAAACAGCCAGCUCCCUGGCAUCCUCCAGCCUUUUCCAAGGCAGCAGAUGACGUUCAAUGAUAUGCAACUACUAAAGCAGCAAGUUAUGGUCAAGCAAAUGCAUGAGUAUCAAAUGCAACAACAGCUGCAAAAGCAACAGCUAGAGGCCCGGCAGCUCAGUUCUUUGAAUUCAAAUGCUGUUAGUGGAAGUCGCUCAAGUGAUAAUCAAUCACAUCCUUUGAUUAAUGGGAUCCCUCUCCAGGAUGGGUCUAAUAAUUGUUGGCAGCCUGACCUUAUGACAGGAAAUACAAACUGGAUGCAUCUCGGUAUUUCGCCAGUUGUUCAAGGUUCAUCAAGUGGGCUCAUGAUUACCCCUGAGCACGGGCAGGCGAACUUAUUGGCACAACAAUUUGAACCUUCCUUAUACGGUAUGCCUCUUGGUGGGGCAAAUGUACCUCAGCAUGCUUUUUCUUCCGUUCAGAUGAACAGAUUACCUGCGCAAGAUGGAUCCUCUCUCACCAAUCAGCCAAAUUCAUUUGUGAAUCAAGGUGAUGUACAGGAUAGUCAUAUGCUCCCUAGAUCCACGUACCAGGAGAAACUGUUGUUCUCCCAAACAUCAGUUCCAGGCUCAAAUAAUAGGCCCAAUUUUGAAAGUUUCCAGCAAGAUGAUUCCCGCAAGAGGAACAUUUCAGUGCAGGAGAAAUUUGGUCAUAUGGAGGGUUCUGGUCCAUCAGAAAAGUCAUAUUUUAAAGUGCCUGAAAAUACAACUGCGUUGCAGAAGUCGACUACAUUAGAUCCAACAGAAGAAAAGAUUUUGUUUGGUUCGGAUGACCAUUUGUGGGAGGCGUUUGGAAACAGCACUGAUAUGAGCUUGACAGGAAAUCUUAUGUCCAGCAAUUCUGACCUUUAUGAUGCAUGCCCCUCUUUGCAAAGUGGGAGUUGGAGUGCUCUUAUGCAAUCUGCGGUAGCAGAAACUUCCAGCGAUGACGCAGGCGUACAUGAAUGGGGUAGUAAACAACAAUCUGGAUGGGCUAACAACAAUACUGCCCCACAUGCAAAUUCUCAUAUCGGUAAUAAGGCCCAGGAGUCGGGUGUCGAGGUUUCAAAUACACUAAGUGAGAGAGUCCACAGUGAUUCCACUCAGACAGCUGUUCAACAUUUGCACAACAGAGGACAUAAAGGUUCAGAUCAUGACCUGUUGGAGAAGGCGAUGGCUCAACGCAGUCAAAUGGCUGGAAAUAUGUUUCAUUCUUCAAGUUCUGGUAUUGAUGGGUAUUCGAGUUCUAUUCGAACGAGUGAGGGCAUUGAAGAUAGACUUGGUAUAUGGAAAGUUGCUUCUAAUCCAAAUCGAGCUGCUCUGAAGGAACAGAAUAAUCAUUUCACACAAAAUCUACCAAUGCAAAGGGCAAGCUAUGGAUUUGGCAUUACUGGUGCAGAAAAUGUUUCUAACGUUUCUAGGGAUGUCAAGGAAAAUAUCCAACAGCGUUUGAAUAAUAACUCCGUGGAGAAGGCUAUCCCUCAACUGAAAUCUAGAGACGGCAGUCAGAUUCUUGAGUCAUAUGCGAGUAAUAAUGCUGGAUCAAAUGGAAUGGUAAACGCUCGUGAUAUGUCUAUGUUACCUGGUGGGAAAGAAACACAAUCUGGUCAUGUUGGUGUUAGGCCGUCCAUACCUCGCAAAUUUCAGUAUCAUCCCAUGGGUAAUAUUGAUGUCACUGAUGAGCCUCGUCGGGAAAAAGUUUCUCAUUUUGGGCAGUCAACGUCUCUUGGUCAGCCAGCUAUGAACAUUGGAAUUGACAAGGGACAUGUUUCACAAAAUGACUUGAAUUGUACAAAUGAGGCUUUUAAAAACACGGGUUCAGCAAACUCGCCUAGUACAUCUGCUUCAGCUGACAAUCAAGUGAAGAGUGCUUCGUCAAGGCUUGAGCUUCUUCACAAAGUGGACCAGUCGCAGCAGCACUCAAUGGAAACAAAUGUUUCUAGGAUUCCUGAAGCGAGGACCUCUGCAGAGUAUGGUGGUCAAUUUCGGAAGAGUCCUUCAUCUGCUUCUCAGGGGUUUAGUCUACAGCUGGCACCCCCAUCUCAACUAGCUCCCUCUCCUGAUAAUGUGCAGUUUUCUCGGAAUUCUUUGCAUCCAUUGAAUUCACUUUAUACUGCCCCUGAAAAAGGAGGAACAAGUCAAUCAAGGUUUGCUCCAUGGGCAUCUAAUCAGUCUUUUCUUCCGCAUUCCACUUAUCAACGAUCAUCUCCUGGUAUCCCAGAGGAAAGCAACAUUACUUCUGGUUUCCCUUAUUUCGGAGGCCAUCAUCAAAAUCAACUGUUGCCUGUUGCAACCCGAAAUUCCGCUUCUAACCAUUUAGUCAGUUCAUCUUCUAACAAUUUAGUCAGUUCAUCUUCGGAGUUUUCUACCCCUCAAGUGAAAGAAAGAGAUGAAUGCAGUGACAUUGAUCAACGUGGACAUUCAGUACAAGCACCUUCCAUGCUAAAUCAAACAACCCACAACGAUAAAGGAUUUCCUUCUCUGUCUGGUUCUCACCCUCCAGUUGCAGCCAGCUCGCCUCAGCACAGUUCCUCUUUUGGUAUGAUGUCUGACUCGCAAACCGGUAUUUCAGCUCCGCAACAUCGAUUUUGGAACCAGCCAUCGAAACCUCAGCCUGAUAUUUUACGUCCGCAUCCAUUUCCCAACAACCACGUAGAAGGGAGCAUCUCAAGGCAGGAGAAGACAAAUCAAUUAUCCUCCCAUAAUGGAGGAGACGUGGUAUUCAAUGGGAGGGACAAGGUGAAUAUGCAUGAGUCACAGGGUAAAGAUAUGGGUGAAAAGCAAACAAUUGGUGUUACUUCGAUGUUCUCCAAAAUGGUUCAGAGCAAUCAUCAAACCUUUGGUCGUUCUCUUCCUUCAAAUAACCUUCCCAAGGAUAACUUGCGUCACGAUGAGCAUAAGGCUGCAAGUGGGGAGUGUGAUGCUCCCAAGAUGACUGUGAAAAGAGUUGAGGAUAGUGUUGAUCUUCAAAAGGUACCUUCCAAAGGGGAGCAGCAAUCACCUUCGAGAUCUGAUGGUUUAGUUAGAGAUGGAUUAAAUCACAAGGAACCAGUGAACCACAUGCUGCAUUUUGGCCAAACAGUUUCUCAGAGUUUCUCCAAGAAGAAUCCUUUAGCCUCGGCUGGAGCAGAUAAUCAACAAAUCAGUCCUCAGAUGGCUCCAUCCUGGUAUAGUCAAUAUGGGACUUUCAAGAAUGCACUGGUCCAACCCGUUAAUGAUACAGGGAGAUUCACCCCCUUGAAGAUAGUUGAACAAUCUUCUAAUGUUGGGAGUUUGGUUGAUGGUACACAUUCUGUUCAAUCUUCGAAGCAAUCUGAUAUGCAGAAAAUGUCAGGCACCAAACCAGGAGCAGAGACUCCCUCAUCUGAGUCAUUGCCUCAUGGUGAAAAUGACAAACUUCUGAUGGUUGAUAAACCAAAGAAGCGCAAAACCGCCACAUCAGGACUUCUAUCUUGGAAUAGAGAAGUUAUGCAAGGUCCUCAGAGGCUUAAGACUUUUGGUGAGGCCGAGGUUGAUUGGGCAAGAGCAACUAAUCGAUUUGCUGAAAAGGUGGAAUUUGAGACUUUACUUGAGGAUGGCCCACCAAUCAGAUCAAAGAGAAGGCUUAUAUAUACGACACAACUUAUGGAACAACUAUUUCGGCCCCCUCCUGCGAGGGUGAUAUCUUUGGUUGCUAGCUCGAAUUAUGAGUUCGUUGCGUAUACUACUGCAAGGGCUGCAAUAGGAGUUGCAUGUAGCUCCACUUCUACCGACAGGAGUGAACACAUUUCGCCCCCAAACAAUUCAACCCCGCUGUCUGAGAGAACGAAAACUGAAAAAAUCAGUGACCAGUACAUUUCCAAAGCUGCUGAAGAUUUCAUUAGUAGAACACGGAAGCUAGAGACGGACUUUGCAGGGCUAGAAAAUGGAACUAAAAUUGCAGACCUGAGAGUCGAAGUCGAGGAUCUAGAGAAAUUUGCAGUGAUCAAUCGUUUUGCGAGGUUCCACCCAUCAUCUACAUCUACGGACCGGGCCGUGAGUUCACUUAGGUUAAACUCACAAAGAUAUGUUACCAUAGCUCCAAUGCCUCGGAAUAUUCCAGACAGGGUACAAUGUCUCUCCCUCUAACUAUUAAUUGAUGAAUCCAUAUGAUUCAGUUUUUUGGCCAAUCUUACCCCAUCAUUGCUUUCAUAUAUAUAUAUCUUGCCCCAAAUCUUUAUCUAUUUUUGGGUGGGUUGGACUAGGAGUUUAGUUGGCCGGAAUCCUUAGAACAGUUGAAAGACCUCCGUUGUUAAAAGGUCGGAGAUUUCCUACUAAAUAUGUAGCAUUACUGUAUGCAUUAUCACAAAUAUUGUAAGUCAAAAGUAAAUCCAUUUGUAUACUUCAGUUAA